AUGUUAAAUUACAGCUACAAACAAGCCGAAAAAGCUGUUCAAGUGGCCAUCGGACGGUUGCGCGAAAUGAAUGUGAAAAUUUUUCGCCCCGCUGAUUACUAUGCCGAAAUGGUCAAGAGUGAUGAACAUAUGCAAAAAGUGCGCCAGCGAAUGGCAGAUAUUGAAGAGGGUAAGCAGAAACAGGAAGCAAUUCGCAGACUUCGUGAAGAAAAGAAAUUUGCAGCCAAAGUUCAAAAAGAGGUCAGUUCUUGCCUUUUCUGUUCACUUCCUUGGCAGGGUUGGAGUAAUAGCAAAAGCGCUACUGGUGUGCGGGAUGUGUAG